UAAAUACCGUGUAAAAGUAUUGAACUAUCUAUGUAAAGAAAAAGUAUAUAAGCCUGGUGCUUUUGGAAAGGAAGUAGAAAAAUUAUAUGCAAUUUCCACUGAUUAUACUAAUACUGAAAGUAAUGAAAAGAAAGUUCUAGAACACACAACCUGUUCUAAUGGCUUUGCUGCAGCUGUUAUUCAUGCCUAUAACUAUCAUAAGCAUUUGC